AUGGCAUUGCUUCGACCUUCAUCUUUCAUAAUCUUAUUGGCAUUUGGUGCACUAAUAGUUCUUGCCACAUUGACACCAUGUUGGUAUGUGAUGGUCACACAUAUCCAAAAACGCGCGAAUUUGCAUUCGAAAAAUUUUAUGUCGCAUUUGCAAUCUGAGAUUGAGUACUCUGUUGAAUUGUUACAACCAUUAAAGUUUUCAUCAGCAAAAUUAUCGACAUUAUUGAGUUCGACUGUUUAUUCUCCUAAUAUCACUUUCUCUGAUAUUAACACUAAGGUGGCUCCAUUAUUAUUUCAAGCAUUGAAGACAAUCCCUCACUUAACACAAAUUUCAUUCAUUGGAACUCAAGGUUUUGUUUUCACACACUAUAAUGAUGGUGAUCAAGUUCUAGCAAUGUACUCUAAUUCUUCUAGAGUUAAUGCAUCAAAUAAAACCAUAUACUAUAUUCAACCUGUAAAUGGUGACACCGGAGAGAUUUUCGGGGAAGCCUUAAUAUCGAACAACACUAUUGAUAUCAAGACAAGUUUGAUAAAUAGUACAAACGAUACUCGAGGUGAAUUUGCAUGGUUAGGAACAAAGUUGAACAAUGUUAGUGAACUUUUAUUCGUCAAUUCGGUUAGAAUCAAUAAAAUAGGUGUGAUAUCUCUUGGAUUUUCGGCGAAAACAAUAACCGAUUAUGUCACUCGCUUUGUUGAUCGUCAAGGGACUAAAUCAUAUUUGGCUACCAAAGAUGGAAAUGUGAUUGCAAAGUGGAAUCAAAGUAUUGGUUUGAAGAUUUUGAAUGAUAGUGUUUUAUUACAAUCUUUGAAUGCUAAUGGAGGUAUAAUAAGGAAUGAAGGAGGUGUAUCUUGCAAGGAUCAAGUUUAUGAUUCUAGUUUGAAAAUUCAAGAUACUCAAUAUUUUGUUCAUUGCUAUCCUAUUGAUAUUAUCGGAAUAGAAUCGGUGUAUGUGAUGGCUGUUCCGAAAAAUGAAAUUUUUGGCUUCGAUCCGAGAUAUAAAGAAAAAGGAUUGAUACUCUUGAUUGUAAUGAUGGUGCUAAUAUUUAUAGCUAUCUCGAGUUUGGUAUUCAUGAACAUUGGAGUAAUGAGAAGAGAAAUGCAUUUGUGUGCUUCACUGAUAAAACAAAUGGAAGCAACAGAACAAGCGGAGAGAAAGAAUACGAACAAGAGUCUUGCUUUCGCGAGUGCUAGCCAUGAUCUUCGCGCGUAUCUUGCAGGUCUUAUCGGUUUGAUCGAAAUGUCUUCUAAAUUAGUUCAAUCGAAUACAGACACUGAUUUGAAUUUGAAAUCGCGUUCUGAAUUGGAAACAAAUUUCAAACAAAUGGAUAACUGCGCGCAGGACUUGCUAGGACUGUUGAAUUCUAUACUCGAUACGAGCAAAAUCGAGGCAGGAAAAAUGCAACUGGAGGAAGAGGAGUUUGAUUUAUCGUAUCUUGUUGAAGAUGUGGUUGAUUUGUAUUAUCCAAUGGCGAUGAAGAAAGGUGUAGAACUUGUGUUGGACUCUUGUAACGGUUCUGUUAUAAGGUAUUCGCGCGUGAAAGGCGAUAGGAGAAAACUGAAGCAGGUUUUGUGUAACUUGCUUAGCAAUGCUGUUAAGUUUACUGAUGAAGGACACAUAACGGUAAGAGCGUGGGCGCAGAAAUCGACAUUGCAGAAGUCGAUAAUCAAGAGUAAUCAAAGUAGUGUUAUGAAGCCUUUGUCUUGGAUGUUUAUUAAGAAAGGUGAUAAAGAAAUCGAGGACAUAGAAGCGGUUAGUUCGAUUCAACAAGAUGCUUGUUUUAUGGAUUUUGUGUUUGAAGUGGAUGAUACCGGGAAAGGAAUUCCGAAAGAGAAUUAUAGAUCGGUGUUCGAGAAUUAUGUUCAAGUUAAAGAGAAUGCUGUUGGUCAAGUUGGAACUGGCUUGGGACUUGGAAUUGUGCAGUCACUGGUACGUUUGAUGCAUGGAGAUAUCGAAAUCAUGGAGAAAGAAGUUGGCAAAAAAGGAACAUGUUUCAAGUUCAAUGUGCUUCUCGCUUUAUGUGAAAACGAGACGGUAACUUAUGGUUUAAGGGAAGGUUUUGAAUAUGGAUCGACCUCGGGCAACGGAAACCAAGUUCCGGAGAAAAGAUUCAUUCACAAUGUUAGUUCUGGUUCGAGUAUUCGAUCUUUGAGUCCAAAGUUACAGAUUUGUCCCUCUUCUAGUCCUAAGACCGAGCCUUCGCGUGUUAUUCUUUACAUUCGCGACGAAGAAAGAAGAAGAACUUCGCAUAUGUUCAUAGAGAGUUUAGGGAUUAAAGUUAAAAUUGUGAAGAAUAGGAAACAUCUCAUUGAUACUCUCAAGAAGAUAAAGAAACAAAAUGGUCACCUAAUUAGUGAUCAAAGUUCUUCCGAGUCUUCAGAAUUAGGUUCUCGUUGUACGUCUUAUAACUCUUCUUAUAGUAGAGCUUCGACAAAAAUUCCUUUGAGAGCUUUGGACGGAGCUGAAUAUGUAUCUUCGAUGUUCAAGAUGACAAACAACGGAGCUGCACUGAGUUUUGUUUUGAUUAUCAUUGAUGCAAACGCGGGACCGUUUCCUAAGCUUUGUAACAUUGUGUCGAAAUUUAAGAAAGAUCUUCUCAAUCCUUGUAAAGUUGUUUGGUUGGAAAAGCCUUAUGAAAGUAUCAUCAAUUUCAAAACAAUCAAUCGAGAUGACAUUGUGAUAUCUAAACCGUUUCAUGGAACUAGAUUGUUUCAAGUUAUAAAGCUUCUUCCCGAGUUCGGUGGGAAUUGGAAAAGCAGUUCUAGUAAUAAAGCUUUACGAGAAUUAAGAUCACAAGUAUCUUCUCACGACGAAAGCGUGUAUAGGGAGAAGAAAAGUUAUGUUGAUCAAAGUGAAAUACAAGAAUGUGCAAAAGACUCAAAUAACUCAAAACCUUUAAGUGGAAAGAAAUUUAUGGUUGUUGAUGAUUCUCCAAUGUUGAGAAAGAUUGCUAUGGCUACUUUGAGUUCCCUUGGUGUGACUAGUAUUGAUCAAUGUGAAAAUGGUAAAGAGGCCUUGAAACAAGUUGAACAAGGUUUAAAAAAUGAUUUUCCUAAUCCUCCUUAUGAUUACAUCUUAAUGGAUUGUCAGAUGCCGGAGAUGGACGGAUUUGAGGCGACUCAGAAGAUCAGAGAAAUGGAGAAAGAAUAUGGUGUGCACAUUUCUAUCAUUGCAUUAUCUGCUGAGAUUGAUAAGUUGACAACAGAAACAGGAAUGGAUUUUCACAUAACCAAGCCUAUUAAGAAAGAGCAUUUACUCAAAGCUAUUACAUACAUAGAAAAUAGUGAGAUAUAA